AUGCUGGAUAAAUUAAGUCCGCAAGUUUAUGAUUUAGGUAUUUCUUUCAUAAAAACAUCGAAGAGCAAAAUAUCACCUAAGAACUGCUCCAUUUCGGAAUGCAAACCUGCUGAUGGUCCGGUUACAAUUGUAAAUGAGACUUCUGAUCAAAAUCGAAAUCCGCAGGAUUUGCAACAGAAGCAAGCUUUAAAAUCUGUGAAGUAUUCAGAGCUCACUAGUAGCGAACCUGAUUUAUGCGCUAGUAUAGACAGAAAUUUUUUGUCUCAACGUCGUUCUUGGGUUCAGUCAUCAUUAAGGACUUUCCGAUCAGAUAGAAAUACUGUAAAUAGGAAUGAAAAACUUUCAAUUGAUAAUAAUGUCUGCUCACUACAGAGAUCGGUUUCUCUCAGCGACAAUAUUCUUAAUAACGAUUUGGUCGACAAGCAGACGAAGCCAGUAUCCGAUCACGGAAAGAGUGAAAAAGAACUAAAUGAAAACAGCCGAGCUUCAUCGUGGGCCACAUCAUUUGCAAACGUCCUCGAAGCUCCGCUUGGAGUGAAAACUUUUAUCGAAUUCCUGCGAUUAGAAUAUUCUGCCGAAAAUAUAUAUUUUUGGACGGCAUGUGAGCGCUUUCGCCACAUUGACAACGAAGCCGAACGUAUAAUUCAAGCAAAAAUAAUAUUUUCGAAACAUUUGUCCGACAUGGCUACAGAACCAGUCAACGUAGACUCUCAAGCAAGGAACGCUGUUGAAAAGAGACUUCGGCAAUCGGCAGAUGUAGAAGUCUUUGUUGUAGCUCAAAAACAAAUUUUCAAUCUUAUGAAAUACGACAGUUACCAGCGAUUUAUACGCUCCGAUCUAUUUAAGAAAGCUCUACAGGCGCAAGAAAGAGGAGAAUGUCUGCCCUUCGAGAAAGAUAACUUGGACGAUCUGUUAAAAACAAAUUUUACCUCAGAUGCCUCGACAAAUUUAAAAAAAUCCGCAAGCAACGCCGAAGACCGUCGACGCAAAAGUUUACUGCCUUGGCAUCGCAAAAUGCGUAGAAAAUCAAGAGAUCUCAGUGAAGAAAAUGUUCGCCGACAAACUUGUAAAAAUUUUGCUUUGACAAGCAAAAAUCAAAGAUCGACUUUCUUUAACGAUUUGCAUGGGUCACGAUCUUCCCUUUCAUCUUAUGAUGCAUCUAUGAUGGGCAGUGCAGCAUCCUUAAAUACUAAUACUCCUUUAUGUCGCGUAAAGUUACCAGAUGGGUCUACAACGAUUAUACAAAUUCAAGUCGAAGAAACUGUUGGCGAAUUGGUUAAGCGGAUUCUAGAGAAACGUGGUCUGAAGUAUAAAACGUUUGAAGUGUUUGUUAGAGGCUUAACCACAAAAUCCGUAAAUCUGCAAACACUUAGUCAGGAAAUUGCCGGCAAAGAAAUAGAAGUAGAGCAGAGGGUAGCAUUCAAAUUAGACCUGCCCGACUUUAAAGUUAUUUCAGUAAAAAGCAAACCCCGUAAAACACUAUAUGAUGUUAUGAAACCCAUUCUACACAAAUAUAACUAUCAAUUGGAAGAAGUCGAAACCUUAUAUAAAGACACAAAGGAGAAAAUCGAUUUACACCAACAUGUUGCCGAGGUUGACGGUCAACGUUUGCAAGUGCUAAUAAAAUCAAAUAAGAUAAAAUUUGUAAAACCAUUGCCAGUUAAAGGAAUAAAUGCGCAAAUUACUUUGAACGAAAUGACGAACACAUUUUUUAAGAAUUUAAUGGAGGGCAAGUUGCAAAAUCGAACUUUAACAAAAUCCGACGAUUCGAAUUCUCUAAAAUCGAAUGAUUGCGAUUCUCACACUUCCUCCAUUCCCGAUCGCACACGCAGAAGGGAUUCAGCUAAUUUAAUAAACUUAAAAUCGAAAAAAAAGUUACAUGCAAAAGUAGCUUAUGAUGAACUGGCUCCCUUUAAUAGGUCACUAGCAAAUAAUUUAAAAGGAGUCAACUGUAAAUUGCCUUUCAAUAAAAGUGUUCCUGAUAAGGCGAUCGAGAACCAAGACGAAUUGCUGGAAGGUUUAAAAAGAGCUCAGCUGGCCCGCUUAGAAGAUCAACGAGGCACCGAAAUUAAUUUCGAAUUACCCGACUUUCUAAAAAACAAAGAAAACCUUUUAAAAAGUUUGAAUAGGAGCGCAGAAAACACAACUAAGAAUAAAAGUAGGUAUGGAACAUAUAUGGGAAGACCGCAACCGGCUCCCAGAUUAUCCAUUACCAAUAAAAAUCGCUUAGUUAGCACAUCCGACGAACAGGCGUCAAUUAGAUGUAAUAACGAAGUACAACCAACAACUUCCAGUUCAAAAAGUCCGCCGCCCUUACCGCCUAAACCCAAGGUUUUGCCAAUAAAACCGUCCAAUUGGGGUGUUGCAACAGCACAUCCUAUUUGCUCAUCUGUCGCAACAGCAGCCGGACCACAAUUAUUUAACAAAUUAUCCAAAACUACAGAAAUGGUAACAGGAGCAGCUAUAAGUAAAGUAGCACUAAUAGCAGCAGCAUAUUUAGAAGAACCAAGCAGUAGUUUUGUAUAA